AUGUCAUUUUCACGGACGUUCCCGCGAGUUGCGCUACUCGAAACGCCGACACCGACUACAACGCAUCUACCGCUUCGACCAAGUUUACUUCACCGUAUCACCACUGGCACCAUGAGUCGCGGCGAUGCUCAGCAGCCUCAGCUUCAUCCGAUGGCGUCACUUGAGCUCUCGUCAUAUAAUACCACAUCAAUGACCGAGAGCAGGAUCGCUUCGGACAUUUGUAAAUGUACCGUGGACAAGGUGUCUCGUGCAUGGAAACGUCGGCAAUUCGUGGGAAUCCAAGCGUCUCGAAACUCGAAAGAAGGAGAGAAGGUAUCAAAGGUGCCCAAGGCAGGUACCGCGAGAUGGCAAUCGUAUAAGUUUCCCAUCCGCGGAUACAUAACCAUCCUUUGGACGAAAGAGGAAACAAGGACGCGAAUCGGACUCGGAUCGAUCGUUGGAUGGACCAUAGUAGGACGCGUUAUACUUUGGAACGCGAUGGAGUGA